AUGGCACACACUCGUUUCUUCUUUGCCCUCCUGCUAUGCAUUCUUUCGGUACAGGGAGUCAAAGCCGUGAAGUACUGCUUUUGCGAAGCCAGCCCUGACUUCUAUUACCUAGGAAUUGAGGAGCAGUGCAAGCAACUUGGUGGUAAUUGGGGUCCUGUCAACUGUGAUCUUGGUAGCUCCGAUGUCUGCAAAUUCAGUGGAGACGGCACCGUAGAUGAGGCCGCUACGAAGCCUCUGGAUGAGUGGUGCCAAAGCAAAGACCGAACGGGAACUGAUCUGACCGGCAAGGUGGUUGCGGGUGGCAAGCUUGUCUGCACAGAUACGAAGCCAGAUUGGGUCGAGGAUUCCUGCCCUGAAUUAGGAGAGGAGGGAUUUGAAGCCGACGAAGCUGUCCCACCUAUGGAUUUAGGAGAUGAAGCCGAAACUGGAGACGAUUCUGCUGAGGCUGGAGAUGAUUCUGCCGAUGCUGCGGAUGAGCAACAAACCACGCAGCGUCUGACCCGACGCGCCGCCAGUGGUGCUUCCGACUUCCUACUGUAUUCUCCCAACCCCGAGAAUGAGAAUUUGGUCAAGACGUUCAAGAAGGUCGAAACCAAGAAAUAUCCCGACGGUAGCCGAGAGAACUUCUACCAAAUCACUGAACUUCGUCUCACCGGGUAUGAGUGGAAGCUGGUCAGAUCUUACGACAACAAGGAGGGGGCGGUCAAUUACACCGAGGCCGUUGAGCUGACCUAUGGGUAUGAAACAACGUCCGGCUUCGACGUCAAGGCAGAACUCAAAGUCAACUUCGGAUAUUCCGGGUUCGGUGCUUCAUUUGGGUUGGACGCCAGCUUGUCCAGCUCAUACUUCUCUACCAAGAAGGAACAAGGGACAUCCAAGCGAACGGACUCAUUCUUCGUUCCAAUGGGGACUGCCUUUUACCUCUAUCAAAAGGUCUAUAAAUGGGAGUCCACGGUCUCUUUCCGACUCGUUUCCACGGGUCCGCCGUUUGAAAGAAAUGGCAAAGACGUACGAGGCUCCUGGACAGUUUCGACAGAGAUUGAUGAACCUCUUACGACAACAUUGGAGUUUGACGUGCUUGCGAACGAAAAGGUUGUCAAGCGUGACGAGCUCUCUGGAUCGGGGACUUUCAAGGUUGCCGAUAAGUUCAGUAUCAAGAAGCCCCUGUAUUCUUUGGGCAAGUCGUUGAGCCAAGACGACUGGUCUGACUUUGUCAGGGACAAUGUCAACGGGCUGGGUUUCAAGCUCUAA